GUGUGAUAUUGGCAUCAAUGCCGUCCACAUUUCAGUCCUGAGUUUUGAUAGUUAUUAGGUGUUGUCCGCUUACAAUUUACCCCGGUUGAGAAUUUGUUAUUGUGAACAUUUUUGCUGUACUUCAAACCAAACUGGUUAAAAAUAGCCCCAUUACCCUCCAAGUUUGAGGUUACAGAGGAUCUAUUUAAUAGUUAUUCGUAAAGUUCUGGUCAUCUUGGCUUUACUCGGCAUUCCCGUACUGUUGAAUAGUCACUUCAGAAGAGGCUCUCUUGUAGAGUAGUGUUGGCUUAUGCCCGGCAGUUCAGUUCUUUAAGAACAGGGAUGAGUAAGCUUUUGCAGUCAAUACCAAGAUGCCUAACUCGGAAGCCCGUUAUCGUAGCAUCGUUGUUCAUGGCAGCCAUCUUUGUAGUGUGGCCACACUUUGAUAAAGAUGUGGCCGUUGGCCUUAUAGCCUUGAAACCCUGGUCAAGCGAAGUGUGUGUCAUGGGACUCGAGCAGAAGAGGAGAUUGGCAACAACUAUCGCAGAUGUUCAUCGCGAAAUCAACCGAUUGUCGGGCACUCAGGGACUCAUUGAUGCCAAAUGGUCAGUGAAAUUAGCUGGCAUCAUCGAAGAGCUUGAUCCCAGGGUAACUGUGGAUGAUGGUCCUUGGCAGCAAGAGGAGCUUCCCCCGAGGGCAGAAGGCAAAUCGACACUCCCUCAGACCAAGCGGCGCCACGUGUGCCCUGAGAUAAUUCGUAAAUUCAGGUACGAUGUGCCUUAUUGUCAGCAUGGCAUCGACUUGGAGAACUGUGGUUACGUACCUAAAUUUAGAGAUGUUAUAACGGCAGUGUUGCCCGCUCUUUCAUGGGAACCUCUUGUCGCAAAUAUCGUUAUAGAAGGAAUCAGGAGUCAUUACGACAUUCCUGUCAUUGUUAUUGCACCGCCAGGUGAAAAGAUUAACCCGACUUUUGAGGGCGUCACAGUAAUCACAACAAAGAAAGAGAUCGAGGACAGCGAUGUCAUGAAUGACGCAUUGAGCAGCGUGAAGACUCCUUUUACAUUCCUCGGAUUGUCGUUAACUAACUUCAACAAUCAGUCCUCCCUGGAGCGUCUUGUGCGUGUUUUAGAUGAACUUGACCAAAUCGUGCUUGCGAGUGGCGCUUCCAGGGACCUCCACGGCCGCUGGAAUCAUGGCUGUCUGCAGGGACGAAUGGCUGAUUACCGAGCUCAUUAUACAGCUGGGUAUUAUCAUUCAAGAUACGAAUGUAUGUAUUGUGACGAUGUACUGAACCCUUUCGUCGUGAGAACUGAACUGUUGAAUAAAAAACCAUUCACGAAGGGCUUGAGUGGGCCAGUAGUAUUUCGUGACUGGUUUGCUACAGUUCGUGUCUUGGGUUACUUAGCUUUAUCGUGUCCUGAUGUUAUGUUUUAUACUACAGGCCCCGCGAAGAUGAAUGAAAAGGAUUGGCUAGUUAUGGCAAAGCUAUGGAAGCUCCAACAAAUACAGUGUUACGAUGGCCAAGUUUUUACUUUUUCCUGUGAAUCAGUUGGCAUAUCCUGUUUCUUUCCUUUACAUACUGUGUUUUCUUACCUGUUGCCUCCUUGUUGCAGAGCUAUGAUGGAUAAGCUAACGAGGAAUAUCGUACAGUUUGCCAAAAGAAGCAAUGUCCGAUACCAGCUGACUUGGGGAAGUGCGCUAGGAGCUGUAAAAAUGAGUCGUCGAAUUCCGUGGGAUUUCGACACAGACGUCUGGUAUGAUUGCGAAGACUUCGAUAAAUGGCAGACUUUUCCAGACACGCCUGAAGGAAAAGGCUGCUCUUUAACUGUAGUCGACAGAAUGUAUUUUUCUAUACACUGUCAGGGGUACUUUGUCGACAUGGGCUGCUAUGAAACCAAAAUAGACGGGUUAGAAUUUUUACCCAAGGGUUAUCAAAAUAUCCCAACAACUAUAUAUCAUUCAGGAUAUGAUUUUGUAGUUCCUCCAAAUCCCGGACUUUUCGUUAGAAACUGCAUUGGCUUAGGAGACCUGAAGCAUAAGGCCCACUGGCGAACAAAGAAAAUUGUCGAUCUUACAAGCAAGAAGGAUGAUGCACAUUAUAACCCCAGCCCAUGGAACUACUGUUCUGAUCCGAGUCACCAUUCUUGUCUGAUGCAUUUCCCUACGGAUGGUAACCUUCCUUUCACCGACCCUUUCCUCCAUGUGUAAAACAACAAUCAUAAGCAAGUUAGAACGCAAAUGGUUUAAUUGGUGUAUUUUGUAAGACCUAUAUUGAAUGUUUUGAAGUAACCCUCACUCGUAAAGUCUGGACGUAUCUUACAGAAGAUAUCUUCAGCUUCAACAUCUGUCAUGUACAACACAGAAACGAGCACAAAAUUUCAUUUUCUUUUAACUCUUAAUAGAGUGAUUGUUUAUUACAGAUGGCUAGCCCUUUUCAUAAUUCAGGCGAUACUGUGGAUGUUCUUGGGAGUUUUCAGAUUUGAUUCAGCAAUCAGGGAAUUGUCGUUCCAACAGCUAUUGUAUACUCGUAGUUCUUCCGUAGGGCCAACGCCCGUAAAAGGAAAACUGAUUUUUCGCUUCUAAGUCGAACACAUACUGUGAAAGCUUCCAUUCUUGUCUAGCUAUUCACAUACCUUCUAUGUGACCUCCAUUCCAUUGCUCAAAUGUUAUUUUCAUUUGAAAAUUCAGGGUAAUUGUUACUCUUAACAGAGUAUUAUGCCGUUGAUUUCAUGAGUCCAUUUUGAUACACUUAUUUAAUAUUUUCUAUAAUAUAAUUUUCUAUAAUAUAA